GAACGUCGCACCAGCCCAGCACUUGAGCAUCAUGUUGAGGACGACGCGCGCGCGCCGCCUGCCCGCCUUACGCGCGCUAAGCAUCCGCAAGAGCAGUACCAGCAGCGAUACUAGUAGCAGCAGCAUCCGCCUCCCUCGCCUCACCGAUCUGGUACUUAUCCGCCACGGCGAGAGCGAGGGCAAUGUGGCUCGCCAGCGCUCCCUGGCUGGAGACCACAGCCUCUUUGCCGGCGAAUUUAAGCACCGCCACAGCUCCAACUGGCGGCUUACAGAUCGAGGGCGCAGACAGGCCGCGGCCGCCGGCGACUGGCUUAAGCGCAAUAACCUCGCACAUUUCGAUCGCUACCUCGUGUCGGAAUAUCUACGUGCAAUGGAGACUGCAGGCCGCAUGGGACUGCCCGGUGCACGCUGGUAUGCUGAAAUGCUCAUCCGUGAGCGCGACUGGGGCGCCAUGGACCUCAUGAGCGAACAGGAGCGAUUCAUUAAGAUGCAGGACGAGCUCAAGCGGCGAGAGCUCAACCGCUUCUACUAUGCUCCACCAGGAGGCGAAUCAUUGGCCGCUGUGGCGCAACGUGCCGACCGGUUGCUCGGUAUCUUGAACCACGAGUGUCAUGGGAAGAGGGCUAUUGUAGUGGCCCAUGGAGAAGUGAUCUGGGCGAUGCGGACACGGCUCGAGAGGAUGUCACAGGAUACGUUCAUUGAGCUGCAGGAAUCAGGGCGCAUGGUGGACCAGAUCCACAAUGGCCACAUCUUGCAUUACACCAGGAAGGACCCUCUGACUGGUAAAAUGGCGCCAUACUUUACGCAUGUGCGUUCGGUAUGCCCGUGGAACGAGAAGCUCAGUCCCAAAGGAUGGAUGAAAAUCGAUCGACCAGUGUACGACAACGAGUUGCUAUUGGCUACAGCAGAGCGUGUUCCCAGAAUGAUUAUUUCAGAGGAAUAUCUUGAGAAGACGUACAAUGGAGCCAAGACGCUGUCGGAGGGAGAAGUUACCCCGGAUGUGCUAUCGCACUCCACGAGUUUGGAUCAGGCUUCAGCAUCGACUGAGGCUGCCACGACCACGGAGGAAUCGUCAGGGAAAGAAGAGCGUCAGACACCGCUUUUGAUACCCGGAAAGCCCAUGCUGAACCUGAAAAAGGUGGUCGUGGUGAAAAAGAUGUCUCGAUUCCAGCACGAAGCCGAGUUGUAUGGCAACACAGGUGAAGCUUUGAGGAAGCAGAUGUCAAUGCGAGGAUUUGUCCAUGACCGUUUGAAGGCGAGUCAUGAACAUCACAUUGAGGCCGUGGACGAAAUUACCAGCAGCUUUAAGGAGCGAGGAAUCGCAGUCAAAGUCGUCUCUGCCAACCAACUUACACAUGAAGCCGUUGAGGGCACGGACAUGAUUUUUUCCGCCGGUGGCGAUGGAACUUUCUUAAAGACCGCAAGCUUCGUAAACACUCCAAUCCCUGUGGCAGGCUUGAACACAGACCCGAAGCGAAGCGAAGGAAACCUGUGCUGCUACAAGGUGGAUAAUGUUACCCACCGGUUUAGUACUGCAUUGGAUCGUUUACUUGAGGGCGAUUUCAAGUGGCGGCUGCGACAGCGAAUCCGUGUAGGUAUGGUGAAUCAGGAUGGCUACUGGUAUGAGCUGCCUCGCUACGCUUUGAACGAAGUGUUCAUUGCAGAAAGCGACGCCUCUCGCCCGUCGCACUACAAUAUCGGUAUCGACCAGCACCAGCGUGAAUCCCACCGUAGCAGUGGCAUUCUCAUGUGCACUGGUACAGGUUCGAGUGCAUGGUACUCUAGUGCGGUACGUAGUGUGGCCAAAACCUUCUUGCAGUCGGCGGAUACUAACUGAGAGUUGUCUUGUUCCAGUGCCAAAUCUAUCGAGAACAGGUUGCAACUGUCCUCAGUGCUAUGGACCACACACAUACAAACGAAACAGUGACAGAGCUGACAGAAUCUAUUAACAAGCAGAACGUCUUCCCGGAGGAUUCGCGCGACAUGGGCUAUGUUGUUCGCGAACCGAUUAUUAACGCUACAUUCGGUGACAUCAGGUUUCGACGGUGCGUUCAUCAUGUUUGCUUUGAACAUUUGCUAGAGUGAGUGCUAACUUGAUGGCGUUGUGUUGAUAUCUGCAGAGGCAAAGCUCGUCGAGUAUCGAUGCGGUCUCUCGGAUGGGAUAUGAAAGUCAACAUCGAUGGUAUCUACUCGGUGCCGCUAGAUUAUGGUGUCCAGGCGGUCAUGAAGAUCGUCGACGAGCCAAAAUACGUCCUUCGGACCGUGGACUUUUCCCCAUUACCAGGAUCGGCUCCCAAGAAGCAAAUCUUUUAGACUAUUUCAGCAAGUAGCACUCAGUUUUGGACUUGUCAAUACUAAUUCGAUACCAACGUAUUGGCUUUUUAGCGUCCCUUUCGUAGCUGCAUAAUUAUCUGCGAGUUCGCGAGCGAGAUCUCGAUGACGAGGACGAGCGGUGGCGAUGAUGGCGGGACGAUCUCCUAGAUGACCGCUCUUCGCGGGAGCGAGAUCUAGACCGGGAUCGCGACAAAGACACUGAGCGUCGCCGACUACUUCUUCGACUGCGGUGGCUCCUUUCACGCCCACGGGACUGUGAUCGGCUGUCACUGCGACUACGCCGUCGACGAGACUCAUGGCGAUCGUGAUAAGCAUGGCGUGACUCUCGUGGACUCGAUCCCCGAUGCUUGUGUUCACUCGAAUGUGAUGGAGAUCGACGCCGCGGAUCUGAACGCUCUGGUUGCUUCCGAUCAUCUUCAUCACGCGUUAAGUCAUGAUCACGGGUCGAUCGCAAUACUAUCUCCUCAAACACCUGCUUCUGUUGUUGCUCGGAUAGCAAUGCUGUUGAUUCACCACUCGAAGCUGCAGAGCUGUAGAAAUCACGAACAAGAUUCUGUACUUCAUCACUCUCCCAUUUCAUCGUCGUCUUAUCUUGAGUAGAAAGCUUUUCCUCCAGGAACCUGGUAAGACGUAGCUGUUCUCCAUCUCGUUUAAGCGCUUCAGAUUUAUAAUCUGCUACUGCUUUAGCAUAAAUCUUUUCUUGAGCAGACAAAGUCAACAGCACUAAUGCGUCGUCUUGAAUCUGCUUGUAUCGCUGAGCAUCAAGAUAGUUCUCCAAAGUCGAAAGGAAGACGCUCAAUGUAGUGUUUGGCUCCCACGAAUUCAACUGAAACUGUUCGCGUAAUAGUUCAGUGAACAGCUUCUUAGCC